AUGGAAUUACCCCAUGACCUAGUUGGACAUAUUCUAGAGAAACUUCCGGUGAAAUCCUUGCUAAGAUUUAAAUCUGUUUCAGUGCAGUGGAAAUCGACAAUCGAAUCUGGACAUUUUAAGAAAAAGCAUCUGGUAUGUCGACAAUCACAAGAUCCAGACAUCCUUCUAAUUAGUCCUCUUGAAUUUAGUGACCUUUUUGGUUGUCAAGAAAACGUGACGAGGACUUUCACUAUGGAUUCUUCUGAUUUAAUCAGACUUCCUAAUCUUUGCCCUUCACCUAAUCCAAUUCACUUGGAUUAUUACCCCGUUCCUUUGGUUUACUACUAUGUCGUAUCAUGGAGUUGUGAUGGUAUGAUAUGCUAUUACACUUACUUGAAUGGUAUUUAUGUGGUUAAUCCGAUUACUAGAUGGUUUCGAAGUGUUCCUCAAGCAAGAUAUCAAACAGUUCUUCUUGACACGUUUAAACCAGAAUACCAAAACGACUCUGGCAUAUUUUGGAAGCUUGGAUUUGGAAAAGAUGAAUUUACAGACACAUACAAGCUGGUUUGGUUGUAUAAUUCGUCUGAUUUUGGGCUAGAAAAUGCAACAACCUGCGAAGUUUUUGAUUUUAGCACCAACAGUUGGAGGUAUGUGACUGCUGCUUCUAGUCGUAUUCUUGACGAGCAAAUUCCGGUUUACUUAAACGGAUUACUUCAUUGGUUCACGGAUGAGAGGAGAAUAUUAUCUUUCGAUCUUCACACAGAAACUUUUCACAUCAUUUCAAAAACUCCGCUCUUCCAAGAGGAUUCUCAGUUUAUAUUAAUGUUUACACUGGAUAACCAGCUAUGCAUAUCACAGAAGACGUGGCCAAUACAAGAAAUAUGGUCAUUAAAUAAGUCAGACAAAACAUGGGAGAGAAAAUAUUUGUUAAAUCUACAAACUGAUUCUCAUUUAUUUGCUGAAGAGAAACCUUAUAUUCUAUAUGAGGAAGGCACUUGUUGUGCUAUUCCUGUUAUGGUUUUGAAGAAUAAGAAGAACAAAAAUAAGAAGAAACAAUCAUUAGUUCUAUAUGAUGCACGUUCGAAAAAUCCCAAUCUUAUGGUUUACGAUCCUGAAUCAAGAUCUUAUGAUAUAUGUUUCUCGCCUAAUUACGAAGUUCAUUAUCUAACAAUAGCGGUAUCUUAUUUUCCAAGCUUAAUCUCGAUUGUAUGA